AACGUGUUAUCCACACGCAUGCGUCAGGGCGGUUGUGGCCCGUUAGGGCGGAAAUACUCCUUGAUGUGCCGGACCUUGAGCUUUACGGAGCCUGUGUGAGCCUAGCUUGUGCGGCUAAGGAUGAGACUGGGACACCAGAGACAGGGAACCAUCACCCUUACGGGUUUCUGCGGGGCUGCGAGGUCUCGUAAGGGCGACGAAACCCUCUUCCCGCCAUGGGAAAACGAGCCUAAGCGUCCGACUCUGCUGUGUGGUCGAUCACAGCUGAGCGCUGCUGCUGACGGUCCGCCAGUCGAGCUUGGAACAGUGUGGUGAACGCGCGCUGGUUCCUCUUUGCAAACCAACAAUGGUGUGACGUAAAACCUUUGCAGCAGAGCGCAGAGGAUAUGCUUUCAUCUGGAGGAUAAAGCUUGAAAAAGAUGUGGACUUCCAAGAGCAGUUAUUCCUGACAAACUUGUGAUAGAUCAGCCUUGGAUAAUGAUAGUGACAAACCAUAAAUCCAGCGUUCUAAAAAAGCAGUACAAAACUAUGAAGUACAGAGACAAUAAUGAAGUGGAUUUGAAUAUAAAAUUGACAUAAGAAGCUGAAAAUUUCCAGUUGAUAUCUGUUGAAAACUCAGUGACAGUAUAGAGAGAAAGAAUAGAAGAUAGAAAAGAAUAAGGAAAAAAAUUGAAAGAGGAAUGAGCCUUUUAAUAGGGCCCUUGGCAAGAUGUCCUUUUGAUAUUUGUUCAGCAGCAGCAGUUGCGUCUUUGGAGUUAUUCAUGCAGAUGGUAUCGAAUAUUCUCGAAAGUGCGUACUCGAGUCAGUGAAGCUGCCAUUUAUCCAGGGGAAAAAAAUCUGGAUGAAAUUGUUGAAUGAAUAUUGAAUCCAAAAUCACUGAAUUUGCCCCGUUGAUGUUGCAUUUGUUUUGGCCGGAGAAAAUAUAGAUUGCGACCCUAUUCGUGAAAAUUGAAAAGGGCCACGGAAAUGAGGUGAGGUGUUGACACUAUGAAUUGCAAACCACUUUGAAGGCUUUCCGAAACGUAAGAAGGCUUCUGUGGCGGUGCCAUCUUCAACAGCACUCACUUUUUUGUAACUCCGCUCGAGUUAUUUGCUGCCGAAGGCAUUCUGGAAAAAGGGGAGCGAGAGAGAGAGAGAAAAGUGCGCGACAGAGAAAACACAUUGUGCGUCUGCGAAAUGCAAUAUCGAAGUGUUUUUAGUUACUAGAGCGGUACCGGAACUGUAACUGUGCUCGUAGCUCAAUCGUUUCUAACGAGACUUUAAGAAUAGCAAACGCCCAAGAUUCGGCCUCAAAAUGGCGGAACUGUUGAGUGUGCAGGUCCCCAGCAGGAGGGGUUUGGGAGGCUAUGCGGAAUUCCACAAGGGGCCUGAUGGAGUGGCCACCCCAAUCAUGGGCUCUCCGGCCUCACACGCCCCAUAUCUCAAGCCCAAUCUCAAUCAUGCUCGUAUCAGCAACGACCUUCGGAAGAAGGUCGUCAACGGCGCCAGCGCGGGAGUCAUCAUGUCCCACCUUCCCAAGAGGCCGCCCGUCGACAUCGAGUUCGCUGACCUCUCCUACUCGGUGUCAGAGGGCAGGCAUAGAGGUUACAAGACUAUCCUGAAGGGAGUCAGCGGAAGCUUCAAGUCUGGUCGUCUAACAGCCAUCAUGGGACCCUCUGGCGCAGGGAAGUCAACUCUCAUGAAUAUAACUGCGGGUUACAGAAUCAGCAACGUGGUCGGAACUAUCACAGUCAAUGGUAGAGAGAGGAAUCUGCGUAAAUUCCGCAAGAUGUCUUGCUACAUCAUGCAGGACGACCAUCUCCACCCGCACCUUUCCGUCAUCGAAUCCAUGACUGUGUCUGCCAACUUAAAACUUGGAGACCGCAUGUCACGUCACCAGAAGGAGGAAGUAAUUAAUGAAAUUUUGGAGACAUUGAGCUUGACUGAGUGUAGAGAUACUCGAGCUUUGAACCUCUCAGGUGGCCAGCGCAAGAGGCUCUCCAUUGCCUUAGAAUUAGUUAAUAACCCACCUCUUAUGUUUUUCGACGAGCCAACUAGUGGUCUUGAUAGUAGUAGCAGCUUCCAAUGCAUCAACUUACUCAAGACUUUAGCCCAGGGUGGACGCACUAUCAUAUGCACUAUACAUCAACCAUCAGCCAAACUCUUUGAAAAAUUUGACUACCUUUAUGCAUUGUCAGAGGGACAAUGCAUUUACAGAGGAGCUAUCCAUGGUCUGGUACCAUUCCUUGCAGCAAUGUCAUUGGAAUGCCCUUCAUACCAUAAUCCAGCUGAUUUCAUGAUGGAAGUUGCCAGUGGAGAGUAUGGGGAGUUUACCCACAAACUCACAACAGCAGUAAGGUGUGGGAAGUGUGACAACUUAGGCCCUGACAACCACCUGGCUGUUGUUGCAAAGCAACACACCAUAGCAAAUGAGGAUCACAGAGAAUCUGGAGGAGGUGGUGGUGGUGGUGGCGGCGGCGGCGGCGGCGGCGGCGGAGGUGGUGGAGCUGGUGGUGAUGCACGAGUCAAUAUAUCUCCUGCUACGCAGCAUUAUUUAUUGGUAUCGGAAGAUGAGAGUAUUGAUGAUAUUCCUAACUCUUUCCCAACAUCGGGCUGGAAGCAAUUCGUCAUUUUGUUCAAGCGAACCUUUCUUUCAAUCAUCAGAGAUGGGAUGUUGACAAAAAUGCGUAUCUGCUCACACACACUGAUAGGUCUUCUCAUAGGCCUUUUGUAUUACAACAUUGGCAAUGAGGCAAGCAAAGUUUUUAACAACUCAGGGUGCUUAUUCUUCUGUAUGCUGUUUCUUAUGUUUACUGCCAUGAUGCCUACUAUUCUCACAUUCCCUCUGGAGAUGAAUGUAUUUAUCCGUGAACAUCUUAACUAUUGGUACUCCUUGAAGUCAUAUUACUUGGCUAAGACUAUGGCUGAUAUGCCCUUUCAGGUUAUCUACCCUCUCUUGUAUGUGCUGCUGGUAUACUUCCUGACAGAUCAGCCUCUAGAAGCCCACAGAUUCUUCAUGUUCACCACUAUGUGUAUCAUGACAUCACUAGUAGCACAAAGUCUUGGCUUGGCAAUAGGUGCCUGCUUAAAUAUACAGGGUGCAGUGUUCUUGGGACCUAUCACGUCCAUACCAGUCCUACUUUUCUCUGGAUUCUUUGUAAACUUUUCCACCAUUCCUAUAUACUUAAGAUGGAUAACUUACAUAUCCUAUGUAAGGUAUGGUUUUGAGGGAACACUUCUCAGUAUAUACGGGUUUGAUAGAAAGCCACUUCACUGCUCAGAAGCUUACUGCCACUAUAAAUCUCCGAAAAAAUUCCUUGAGGAGAUGGAUAUAGCAGGUGCAGAAUUCUGGAUAGAUUUCCUGGUGCUUUUCGCAUUUUUUGUUACAUUGCGGACAAUUGGUUAUUUUGUUCUAAGAUGGAAACUGAAAGCAGAGCGCUAGUUGAGUUAUUAUUUAUUGACUAUUUUAGUUUGCUUGGUCAGAUGGUAUUCUGUGAAAUGCUCAUGUAUUCAUAAAACAAUGUCAUUUCAUGCCAUUGUUAUGAGUUGCUCUGUAUGAGAAGUGACAUUUUUCAAAACUUGCGAGGCAGAGCUGUCACUGUGGGUGCCUGAUGUAGUGAUAAACUGAAUACUAAUGACCAAACUAAAGAAGUUUAGUCUUUCAUGUAUGUUGUCCAUUUCAAUUCUAUUUCAGUUAAAGCUUAAUGAGUACAGUAGUUUUAAAUUUACUACCUAUGAAAUCUUCCUAAUAGUGGAAAUACUCGGCAGUGUUAAGGAACAAAGAUGCUGGAUUACACACACCUUGAAAGUUGAAAAAAAGGUCGUAGUCUUCCAGUUGUGGCGUUAUAGAAAAUGGUUUUUGAUUAAGGAAUAGUGUUGGAUUCACUAGUGAUAGUAACAAGGAAUGUGACUGUGGAAGUAAUCUAAGUUUGGUAGAUGAUGAAUGUGCUAACAGGAAAUAAACAGGUUGAAAAUGUUCUGGAAUUGGGAACAACAUACCAAAUAUCUGAAAGUUCUCCUAAGGCAUUGACUGUACUUUCGUCAGUGCAACGCAUGACUGAAAACCUAAUCCUCAGGGUAAAGAACACUUCAUCAAUAAGUGAUAAUCUGUGGCUAAAUUAGGAUACUCUGAAUCUGGCAUCAUUUGAAGCGUGUUGAAGUUUUCUGAGAAAAUACAGAAUGUGGACUGCAUGUUAGAUGCACUAAUAUCUGUUAUGCAUGAAUCUGCACCAAGUCUAAUUAAAAUAUUAAAAUACAUUUUAAAAGUUUUAAACUACUGUGUAGUUAAAAGUGACUCUUUAAAUAUCAACAGUUAAUAGGCUAUGAGCAGUAGUAGUUUGAUCAGUACAACAUUUCCAAAUUUAUUGUAAACUAUAUUUCAAUAUCAUUAAUAGAAUUACAUAAUAGUGACACAAAGGACCAGGAUAUUAAGUUCAAGACACAAGAAUUUUACAAUUGAUUCAUGUAAACAAUUCAAAUUAUUUGCUCAACCACAAAAAGUCUUUUAUAUUAUGCAAUGAAAAGAAGUUUUGAAUAUAAAUCAGUUAUCUUACCAUACAUAUAAGCUUGUCAGUCUGCACUAGAAACUUUUUGAAUUCUUUAUUAGUUAUACUAAGGAUGUAGACUUCCUGUGCCCAGCUUAGUUUGAAAAUGUGGAGACAUACUUUCAGAAGUUACAUAAUGAAUGUAUUUUUUUUCUUUUUUACUUGUGAUAGUGUUGGUGAUAUGACAUCCUAGCUUGUAAUUUGGAUUAGGGUACUUUAGAAUAUACCAGUGCCUAAGAGGUAAUGGGUAUACUAGUGCCAUAAUAAGAGGCAUGCAAUGAGCAAAUGCUGUUGCAUUAGAAUGUUACAUAACACCAGUGUGGUAAAAUUCUUUGGAUACAGGACUGCAUUAUGGAAAGACCUUUUAGAAGUGAUAAUAUAAUAAUGCAUACACUUAAAGGUUUGAACAGUAGAGAUAUUGCCCAGCAAGCUAAUAAGCAUGUAAUAAGCUGAAUGCCUAAUUCCCCCAAGCCUGUACAGAAAUAUUAUCUUGAGUGGCUUGUCUUCCGUUUUUGUAUCAGCUGCUUUCAAAGUACAGUUGGCAGUUUUGCAAGCUUAUGUAUGUUGGCCUUCUCCUAAUCACUAUGGAGUAUUUAAAUUUAGGGGUCACUUCUAGUCAUCAAAAUACUAUUCAACUAAAUUUUUUUUUUAAUACAGUACUGAAAUCAAAAGAACUUAAACUGAUUUAAGUACCUAAAUGGAUGCAAAAUUUGAAACGCAGAUUUUCACAACGCUACCUGUAUUCAAAGAUUUGUUACAUAAGUGAUAGUAUUAUUUUAGCUGUACUGUAUUUUACAAAUGUGGAUCACAUUGUCAGUUAGUACUGUACAUGGUGUCCUCUUAUUGUAUAUACCAAACCACAAAAAAUUUUAAGACACCUGGAUUAUAUAGUUUUGUUUUUAAUUGUCGUCUUAAUUGGACCUAGAAAGCUUUUCCACAUCCACUGUCAAGUAUUUAGAGGCCAUAGUACUCAGCCUUGUGAACCUCGACACCAAAAUAUGUCCGCCCUCAUAUGAGCUCAGUGGGUCAUAACACACAUGGUAGGAUGGCUGCUAAAUUCACUUCAAACAGUUUGUCCUGUCAUUAUAUCAUGGAAAAUUAUAUAUCAAAAGUAAUAAACUUCAAACAGUUGGUACUGCCAUAAUUGAAAAGUAAUUAUCUUACUAAAUUAUAUGUUGAAAAGUAAUUAUCUUAAUAAUGCAAUAAAAUCAGUAUUAAAUUUCAAGCGUGAUUUAUGUCAUAAAUACUUAUAACUAGCAACUAUGAAAGACAAAAACAUUCAGUACCAAUGAAGACUGUAAAACUAUCACAUUUUAAACAUGUCAGUACUCAUGCAGAAUAUGCACAUUUGAAGGACUAUUUAAGAAAAACCUGUAGUAUUCAAUAAACUACUAUUUGGGAAGAAAUUUGGCAUCAGGUCCUACUUUUGACCUUCCUUGAGCUUCUUAUUUACUUUAACCUUUAUGUAUGGAAAUCAUUGCCAGGUGGUUAUUAUUAACUCUAUGCAUUGUGCCUCUCAUGUAUAGCAUGUAAGAACUCUGAAGAACACACACACAUUCUCUGGGUCCAUUAUUCUAGACGUGACAAUUUUAGCAGAUUACAGCCAUAAAGGGAGUCUUCUCAAGGCUCUUUUUUAUUUUUUUCCUUUCAUAGCUUCUGAGUAGAUUUGAACAAGCAAGUAUUUGUAUAGCAUUUGGAGCCUCUAUUUUUCUGAUAUUUUGUUUGCAAGCAUGUUGCAUAAUUCAACAACUCUAUAAGUGAACUUGUGCCUUCUGAACUCCUUUAUGAGAGGCACAAUCUCUAAAAAUGUCACAUUUAUACUUAGUCAAAAUGUAGGCACUCUGUCUCAUUGAUAAGUAGCUGUGAUGAGUGAAAGUAUGCGAAUGAUUAUCUUACGAAAUGUAAAUAAUUUUUUAUUAGGUAUGUUCACAUCAUCAUAUUCAUAUUUACUACUAUUGGCCCUCUUCAGAUUAUUAACCUAUUUAUAAUGAUGCUAUCUACAGAUUCUUCUAUAAACAAAUAAAGGCUUUAACUGGAGCAUCAAAUGAAAAACCUGGAAAGCUCUUAUAAAUACCAUAACCUAUAUUUGAUAUGAACUAGAUUAAAGAAACCAAAUUAGUAAAAUAUGAUUUUAGUAAUUUAAUUUUGAUGUCAUACGUACAAGUGUUUGGAAUCUGGAAUGAGAAGGGUUUUGUGACAAGCAUGGUUAAAACUUUCUGUAAAGCACCUGGACCUUAUAAAUAAAAUUUUAAUACAGAUUUGAAGAUUGCAAGCACAAUUUUUCACUGGAUUCUGUUUGCUUUUCAUUGCAUUUUCAAGAUGCUUUUUUGUUUUAUGCAUCUUCAGUAUUUUUAAUAGAACAGUACUGCCUUCAAAACAUAUAAUACUUAAAUGAAAAAUCAAAUUCUCAGAAUGAUAAUAUUAAGGAUUCGUUGGGAAAACAUUGGAAUCUGCUGUUGACUAAGAAGUAACAACAAAUGAGAAUCUGUAUUUCAGUCUGACACAUUUCUAAUAUUGCCAUAUCCAUCCCAUUGCCAAAAUACUUAUUUGUUCCUGCUUUGAUAUCCUACACAGUACAGUCAUUCUUUUUGUACAUUUAUAUAGACUGCUAUUUAAUGUAGUUUUCAACAGUGGAUACUGUAUCUUGCUAUUAAUUUAUACAUACCAUUUUCUUUAUUCUAUAAGAAAACUCGUCUAAUACAUCUAAGUGCAAAAUGAAGUCAAUGCCUAUUUUUUCCCCCUUAAAUGCCUGAAUACCAGUAUUUGAAUAACCCACAAAAUGUAGGUAAUUCACACAGUACAUAUACUAUCCUUAAACUCCUUAAUUCAUCUUUGAUCAUUUGUCAUUCAACUAUUAGUCAAAAGAAUUUUCAUCCCAUUUAUCAUUGUCAUUUGGAUAUUGUACCAUAAAUGCUUUUAUUACAACAGACAAAAAGUACACCGAAGAAUGUGAUUUGUCAACGUUAAUUCCUAAUCAUAUACAGAAAAUUUUCUCUUUGAAAUGUAGAUAUAUUACCAUAGGGUUUUUUUGUUCAGAAUUCUUUUGUAUGUUAUAUUCCACCAAUGAUCUAAGAAAACCUUGCAGUAUAAAUUAUAUAUAUAAAAUAUAUAUAUAUUUUUGUCUACUUUAAUCUCUUGGAUUUGCUGAGCAUAUCUUGUUUUAGUUAAGCAAAACAAGUACAGUAUACAAUGUUUUCGUUAUUUUUUUACAAACUAUAAGUAAAGCUUCUGCGAUAUUAUUUCAUGCAUUGGGCACAUCUUAUUUCCUUGUAUAUAUUGUAUAACAUAGACAUUGUAUCAGCAUCAGUAUUUUUGUUAGCAGAGUACCUUUGUUGUUUUUAUACAAGACUGGACACAUUUAUACAUAAAUACAUAUCUAAGAUAACCAGUAUUUAACUAAAAAUGUGUUCACUCUUUAUUAACAGCUAAUUGGUACUACUCUACGCAGUGCAUUUAUUACAAUUAUUAGAAUAAAGUACAUUAUCAUA